GUGCUUCGGAACGGGCGGCGUGCCGGCACCAACUGCGACCCGGAGUCAAAACACCGCGCACACUGCCCGUACGCUCUCCCCAUGGAAGGGUCGAGAAGCAGUCGCGCGAAAGCGAGGGAGCAUCUCAGCGACCGCAGGACUGUCGUGGCGGACGACCACUGACCCUACCUGCCUUUGAAGAUCGGAAUUACGUUCGACGGCUCGUGCAGUUUUUUUUUCUUUUUCGGCGGGCCCGGCGUUUUCGGUUCGGUGAGAGCGGGCGCGCGGCUUUUCGACGGGCGCCCGAAAAAACCAUGCCGGCUCCGUAUCGACCCAACAUGGCCGCGCUUCUCGUGUUUGGGCUGUGGGUCGCUGCCGCGGGAUUUCCCUGUGUGCUGUGCUCGGCAGAGACUGUGGGCUUCGAGGCAGCCUUCCAAGGCGAAUGUCGAGUGGAUGGCCCGUGCCAACAGAUGUGCUUCGACUUGCACGACGGAACGUUCGAGUGUGGAUGCACGCCUGGAUACCGGCUAUCGUCAAACGGCUACAGCUGCCAACCACUGCAACAAGGUGAACCGGAACCGGAGAACCGGCACAAGGGCGAGUCACCCACCGUCGCGGCCAGUGACGUCAAACAGAGGACGACGAGCGGCGGCGGCGGAUACGGGAGGCCACCGCCGCUCGUGCGGCGACGAAUGCACGGCAACUCGAUAGACUCGACGGGGAGCCAGAUGAGGCCCUCCCGCACUGACCAGGGAUCAGCUCUAGACGCAGAGUACGAGAACAACAACGUGGACGCCAUCUUGGGUGAAGAUGCCGAUCUGUCUCGGCAGCAGCAACAGCAUCGCAGCGGAGGUUCCAACCCGUUGUCCCGGUCGGCGGGUCACAAGCGGGCCUCGUCAAGCGGAGCUGAAGCGGCAGACGGCUGGCAGGCGGACGACCCGGGCCCGGCGGCAUCGUGGGAAGGUGAUCGGCGGCGUUCCUGGCAGGAGGACGACCCCUGGUCCGCCGACGACGACGUCCGGUAUCCGUCGGACAAGCAGCGCAGGCGCCGCGGGCCGGCCACUGAGGCCGGCGGAGCGGGCAGCCGCUACGAGCCGCUCAACACGAUCGCCAUGACAACCGUGGCCACGACCAGUGACGAGUCGGUGAUGCCCCCAGGCAUUGCGUCACCGUGCCAGCAGCUGUCCUGUUCGCGAACGGGACGCUGCGUCCAAGACGAACGGACGGGCAGCGUGCGCUGCGCGUGCGGGCUCGGCUACACGGGCGCCUUCUGCGACCAAGAGGUGGACUUGCGACGUCCCCGUUUUUCCGGCUCCUCGUACCUGGCACUGCCGACGCUGCGGGACGCGCACAAGUCGAUGCAGAUCACGCUCCAGUUCCGGCCGGAGACGCACGACGCCCUGCUCCUCUACUCCGGAGAAACGGCGGAGCUCCAGGGGGACUACUUCGCCAUCCUGCUCUCCAAGGGCUUCGUCGAGUUCAGGUUCGACUGCGGCAUGGGUCCAGGAACACUGCGCAGCGAUCAACCAGUGCUGCUCAACGCCUGGAACACGCUCACAGUGUACAGGGAUCGAUGGGACGCGUGGAUGCAGCUGAACAGCGGUCACCAAGUUCAGGGUCGUUCAAAGGGUCUCUUCUCGAGGAUAACCUUGCGACUGAACGUCUACCUCGGCGGAUCACCUAACGCCAGCCUCGCUGCUGGUAGGCUCGGGAUCAGAGAAGGACUGGUCGGCUGCAUUCGACAUCUAGAGAUUAACGGGCGCCGGUACGACUUCCGGUCCACGACGCUACGGGGCGAUGCAAUCGAAGGCCUCGACGUUGACGAAUGUGGUGGCGAUGGAUGCAGUGGAGUCAGCUGCCAGAAUGGCGGCCAGUGCAUCGCCAAUGGGGUGGAACAGGGUGUAUGCCUCUGUGCCUUGGGCUUCGCGGGAGCCUCGUGUGAAACACCCGUGGAGAUUGUGGUGCCAUCGUUCAAUGGCUCAUCUUACCUCCGCUUUCCCGGCCUGGGCAACGACCAUCUGUCGUUCCUUGAUGUCCAGUUGGUCAUCAAGCCUCUGUCGCCACACGGUGUUUUCUUCUACAACGGGGCCAAGAUGGACGGCACGGGGGAUUUCGUGUCGCUUCAGAUGGCCGACGGACACGUCGAGUUCCGCUUCGACCUCUCCACUGGCACGGCAGUGCUCAGGAGUCCGUAUCCAGUGGCCCUUGGUGAAUGGCACAUGGUGAAGGCGUCCCGCACCGGCCGCCUGGGAACCCUGACACUGGAUGGCCAACCCAGUGUCGAAGCACACUCUCCUGGUGCCUUCACUCAGCUCUCGCUUCCGCUAAACCUCUACCUGGGCGGGGUGCCGGAUCCCAAGGAGACCGCGGUUGGGGCCGACGUCAUGCAGUCCUUUGUUGGUUGUGUACAAAGGCUGACCAUCAACAACCGGCCCGUGCGACUGAUGCAAGAGGCCCUGUCGGGAGUGAACGUGGCCAACUGCGUGCACCCAUGCGUCACGGGUCCCUGCUACAACGGCGGCGCCUGUCAGCCGCGCAUGGAUCUGUACGCCUGCCACUGCAAGCUCGGCUACGCGGGAUCCAACUGCCAAAACGAAGUGAAAGAAGCCAUCGCAGAACCGAUGAUGGGUGGAGCCAGCUACUUGCACUACACUUCGGAUGACAUUAUGCGAAGGAUACGCGGCGACCAGCUCGACGUGAUCCUCGCCUUCCGGUCGUUCUCGAGCCACGGUCUCCUGUUCUGGGCCGGGGACUCCAGCCAGCAGAACCGGGGAACGCUCUACUCGCCUUCGGACUACCUCUCACUGGGACUCGAGAAGGGCCUGCUCACGCUGCGCUUCAACCUGGGCUCCGGCGAGGCGCAGCUCUGCUGGAACACCACGCGCGUCGACGACGGACGCUGGCACCGUGCCGCAUUGAGCCGGAGCCGCCAGCUGGCCACGCUGGGCCUGGACGGGUCGUCUCCCGUGGCGGUGACGUCACCAGGACGCCUGAGGCAACUGAACGUGCGCAGCGGACUGUACAUUGGCGGCAUCGGUGACGUUACUCACGUGACAAGAGGGCGCUACAAGUCGGGCCUAGUCGGCUGCGUGGCCAAUCUGACUCUGGCCGGCGACUAUCACGUCCGGCUGGUUUCACACGCUGCCACGGGCAUCAACGUCCAGCCCUGCCUUUGAAGACCAGGCGAAGCACACUGCACCAGUAGCCCACGUAGAACAGCCCUGCGUUAUCAAUAUGAACUUCGCACAACCAUGUUCCAGGGUAACCCCAGUCGUCCGUCAUGCCCACAGGCUGUACAAGACGAACCGGCGUCAAGGGGACAUGCCAUUAUAUCAUACGAUAAAUCGCCGUAAUAGGAACAGUUCGGCUACACUCCUCUUGUUUGCAGUGAACACUGCUUUAGUAACACUUCUCGGUCAUACAUUCCCCAUCCGAACGUCACACUGCAGUUCGUGAAUUUCGUUCCAAACGGGUGAUCUGAGCAAUAUGAUAGCUGCUUCCGCCUUCAAUUCAGAGUUACGGAGGAAUGCUUGCCAAAUUCAAUAGCCGAGAGAAUCUGCUUAAGGAAACUACAGUCGUAAUUUGUAAUGCAUUGUAAACCCACUUGUAAGGCAAUGACAUCCACUAGGUUUACUCCAAUGUAGCCUUCCGAUUUUGACGUAGUUCAGAGCACUUUACUCGCCUCCUUGCGUCACACACUAGGUUCACUAUUAUUUCGUUGCGAGAUUACCCGGGGACCAUUGCCAUGCGACGCUGGGGCUGCCCUGGAUGUGAGGCAUACAAGAAAUGAAGCUGCCGCAAACUUGAAUGACAGAUUCAGAACUCCUAGAUUCGCCACGAAGACCGUGGCCUGCUUGUGCGACGCCUAGAAGCCACGCAAGUGCCCACGACCAUUACACUUCGUUGUUUUCGUCUCAAACGCCAGUGCAGACGUGCUCUCCUGCGGACAUGACAAAGUAUGGUCACCUCACGAGCAGGCAACAAUUCAAUCACCCUGUCCUUCGACGCGCAGUGGUGGCGUGAACAUUGUGUGGGAAGUGCACCUGUCGAAACAGUACUACGGGCGCGCUUCUGUCGUUGUAGCCGAAUAGAGAAGUAUCUAGUGCUUUAUUUGCCCCCCAUGCAACUGUGGAGCCUUCGACACCCUCCGCUGAAGUUGCGGCGCUGCUGCUGCUGUAACGGAACUAUGCCACUUACCAGCUUCUCCACGCAUCCGAACAAUGGACUCUCAUUGCCACUCAACGGAUUGCGUUUGAUGAGGAAGCGCCGUCGUGUUGAGUGUGCGUGAAGGUGAAGAGCGGAACUGUUUCUAUGUGGUUUAUGUACACUAAUGCCCCUUUUACAGACGAAACCGGUGUUCCUUUCCUUUUAGCAUUCCUGUAGGCGAACAAUGCACCAGAAUUAUUGUGCAGUUGCAAUUCGGGCUCUGAGGUGACAACGUGGGAACAGAAAUUCCUCACAAGGCUCAUGCCGCGAGCACUAAGGCGUUGCUAUGCUGUCAGCAGCAGAAACCUAAAAUUGAGUAGUUCCUUCGUGUUUUCACUACAGGAGUGCUAACGGAUGUUUUGUUUUUUUUCCCUGAAACUGCAACUGGGCUGUCUUCGUGAGAUGAUGCACAAUACGCUACCGUGAAAGAACGCUUUAAGGAAACGUUCUUCACAGUUCGUAUUGUGGCUUAGACUAGGCUGAUCGCACGACGCACUGAGGACCGUGUUUCGAACGCGUCUAGCACAAAGCAUGUACACACCAUAGCGGUCACAUCCAACGACCACAGAGGCCUUCGGAGCCGCACGCUUUCUUGCGGAGAGAAAACAAAGGUGUGCGUGUCGCUUGUACGGAUUCCUCGCAGCAACCACUGUCGCCUAUGUAAGACCUCUAUAGUUCAAACCGGUAGAACGCCUAUUAUGCAUAUACGAGUACGCUUUUAUUUUUGCGCCAUUCGAGGGACAGACAAUGUGAACUAGCUGAAAAUUCUGCUUGCAAUCACUUCUCUCUAUAUAUAUAUAUACAUAUAUGAAUUACGCUACUAAGAAUAUUGCCACGAACGGCUGAAAUGAGCGUGUCGAAGGCUGUUCGCAUUGGUGAAUUAAUGUCAGCAUGAAACUUGUAAAGGAAUCUCAGUUACGCAUUCUUACAUUAAUUGAAGUGCACAGCUUCAGCAUUGGCAGCAGAAACGCAACAGCUAUGGAGCAGACUUUCCUGUACAUUGGUUCUGUCAAACCGUUGCAAUAGGCCUAUGGAGGUGAUUAUCCGAGCAUUUUUAUUUUUCGAAUUGUUAACCUUUGCGUGUGUUGUCUCUUUCUCGGGAUCAGUGUUUGGACUCUUGUACAUCUCUUGCACCUUCCCAUUGUGAUAUGACCCAGCACUCCGCUACUUCGCUCUGUGUGUGCAUGCCUCACAGUAGGGACGCUGGCUAGGAGACACGAAAGAGCGGCGAAUUCUAUUUGGGCCCAGCUGGCCAGCACCGUUAGAAGUUGUGAGUGGUGUGUCUGCGUGCGCUUUUGAACGUCUGCAGCCAAGUGGAUCGCGCCUACGGUCGGUAUAAAAGAGUACUCCUUACCGCUCUCUUUUUUUUUAUAUUACGUCACUAGAUAUUUCGCAAAGUACUCGGUUGAGGCUGCCCCUAUGACGUAUCGCAGAACUGUCUUCAGACCCGGCGUCCGCGUUUGUCCUGUUGCUAACUUAAGGUAGUUGAACCGAACGAUACCCGUGAAAACCGACGUAAAUGAGAUAGAUAGCGUGAUAAGGCCUUCAUGUAUUGUGGGAGAACGCUUAGCAGGGCUGCACAGGAGUUAUAGUAAGAUGAGGUGUGAAACCGAUAUUGUUCCUUGCUGCAAGUCGUUGUUUGUGCGUGUCCUUUUAUAUGAUUCUGUUCCCUUCUUCAAUUAUUUAUGUAUGGAAUAGAGCUUGAACGGUACGUGACUUCGUUAGUCAAUCACUGGAUCCCUUUAUGAGGCCGUGAAUGCUUCGUUUUAAGGGCAUUUUUCAGUGUACAUAUCAGCGCGUAAUGUGUUCGAUUAUUGAUUGCGUGUGUCGCUCCAUUAGAAUCAAAAGUCUACGGUAAGUAACGACAGGUAAGUGUAUGCAUUAAUAAUAGAUCAACGAGGCUCGGUUGGGGGAGCGAAGACCACGAGUGAUGCGCCUGUAGCACAGCACUUGCAUUGCGAAUGUUUAUACAAUUGGACGCUCUGUGCUCUGCUAAAUGAAGCCCUUGUAACACCGAGAUGGAGAAGUAAAGGUUGACCAAAUCACUGA